UAGUCGUGCAGUGCGCUUGGUAAAAAGUGUCUCAGCGUUUAGAGUAGUGCGUUCUGGAAGAUACGAGGCGAGCAUACGCGUUUGCGUAGCUUACCAGGCCAGUUACAAACCAAAACACAAACGCGAAAAUAAACAAGGCGUCAACAAAUUGUAUAUUUCGUUUGUAUUUUAAGUGUGUUCGUGAAAAUUUUAACAUAUAGUACAUAUAUACUUGUAUGCACAUAAAUAUCUUAAAUAUGCGCAAGUAAAAAUAUUUGGAUUUCCCACAAGGAAUCCAUUGAAAAUAUCGGGCUGUAAGUCUAAAACCGCCCCCUUUGGACGCAACGUCAGAAGCAAUAACAACAACUACACCCCAAAAAAGCCAAACAACCGCCCGUGGUAAUCGCGUCGUCGUUAACGUUAACGUCAACGUUGCCGCCAACGUCGCGCGUCGCAAUCAUUUGGAAAUAAAUCGUGCUUUGCGCUUUAGCUUUAGGUUUUCAGUUGUUGUAGCUCGUGCUUGGGCCUGUGUUGUUUUUGUUUUCUAUUCGCAAAGUCAUUCGCGGUGCGUCGACAGUGCAGCAGCGUAAACAACAAGAAGACGAAAACAAAAGUCGGCAAAAUGUUUUACAAUUAAAAUUACGCGCCCGCGCGACCUGAACGUUUACAUUUGUAUCGCCAAGAUACUCGUACUCGUAGUCGUACUCGCAGUCGUACUUGCUCGCACAAAUUAAACUAAAAUGCAGCAGCAUAUUCAAGUUGUAAAAAGUUUUACGAUCAUACCUUAGCUCUCCGCCGCUCCCAAUCAUACAAAAUACAAAUUAAGACCCGCUUGUCCGCGCAUAAAACACACACAGGGGAGCGGAAGCAACAACAGCACCAACAGGAAAAAGAGCAACCAAGUUACGGUCGCAGAUACAAUUUCAUGAGCUCUGUUUCGGAGUGUAUUAGUCCUGCCUCACCUACCUGCACAGACAGCGACAAAGGAUACCCAAAGGCCGUAAAACAUUUUGGAAGUUACAGCCAAGGAGCAGUGGCAGUGACAGGAGCAGCGGCAACGGCAACGGCAGCGCCCGCCUCACAUAAAUCGCCCUUGCUGCCCAACUAACCCCACUCAGGAAAAGGAGGCAACAAACAGAAGUAACUGCAACUGGGAAGAGCAGUAACAACGAAUAAUAACAGGAGCAACAACAACACCAAGAGUUGCUUAAACAUGGCGGGCAACAUUGUCAAAUGGUGGAAGCACAAGAUACUCGGCGGCUAUAAACAAUUCUCAGUCCAGGAAUGCACCACGGACUCGGAGGAGCUGAUGUAUCACCAGGUGCGCGCCUCAUCCUCCUGUAGCGCCCCGCCCGAUUUGUUGCUGGUCAGCGAACGUGACAAUAACAUCCAGCUUAGAUCGCCUGUGGUUAAUAUUAUCACCACACCACCGGGCAACGCCUUAAGUUCGACGACUAAACAGCAACAACAGCAGCAGCAGCAGCAUCAUCAUACACACCACCACCAGGCGACGGGGCAGCAGCACGUCCUAGCUAAGCAUCAGGACAUCAGCGGCAGCAGUAACAGCAAGCACUUGCGCAUUACCAGCAGCAGUACCGGUGGCAAACACAACGGCAAAUAUGUAAAUGUGCAACAGCACCCACAUCAACAGCAGCAGCAGCAGCAGAACGGGGAAGAUGUCCUGGAUGGGUCAGCGCAUCCACAUGCGCAUCCACAGGAGCAAAAUCAACAGCAACAGGAAGCGCAUCAACAAUCACGACAUUUGCAUCAGAGCCACAAGGAGGAGCGAAUACGCUUGGAGGAAUUCACGUGCGACGUUUCCGUUGAGGGUGGCAAAUCCUCACAGCCGCUGCAAUUCUCAUUCACGUUCUACGACCUGGACGGGCAUCAUGGCAAAAUUACAAAGGACGACAUUGUAGGCAUUGUGUACACGAUAUACGAGUCCAUUGGAAAGUCGGUGGUGGUGCCACACUGCGGCAGCAAGACAAUAAACGUCCGCCUCACUGUUAGUCCCGAAGGCAAAUCGAAAGCCCAUCAAGCGACGGCGACGCCGGCUGCCACAUGCAACAACAACAAACUGAAGAAGCUGCCCACCGGCCUGUCCGCGGCAGGAACGGCGGGCGCGUCAAAAACAGUAAACAGUGGCGCGCUAACGACAUCCGUUGGGGCCGGCGCUCGCCGCCAGCAUCGCUAUCGACCACGCAAGCUGAUUAAGUCCGACGACGAGGACGAUGACAGCAAUAGCGAAAAGGAGAAGGAGCUGCGAACUGGUGCCGCUGUGGGUGCGGAGCUGCCCAGUGGUAGCAGCAAGCCCAGCAAAUCGAGCCACAGCCGCUAUCAGAAAAACAAUGCAAAAUUGGAGCUGGGCUGUCAGCAGCCGGAACAGCAACAACAACAGCAACAGCAACACACCACGGAAAACGCCAUGGCCAACAGCAAUACGUAUGCGAACAUGCUGAAUCUCAAGUGCUGUGCGAAGGAGGAGCAGCAGCGACCCAGCACGGACAUUUACAUGAAGCAGGCUACGCAGCGCGUCAAAAUGCUGAGGAGGGCGCGCAAGCAAAAGUAUCAGGAUCAUUGCAUUGAGACCCGCCAACGAAGUCUCUCGGUAGGCAACGAGACCUGCUGGCAGAACCGACAUCUGCAGCAGCAGAAACAACUGCAGCACCAAGCCGUACAUCCAUCGAGCACCACACAUAAAAGCGCAUCUCCACCAUUGGGCGAUGUGAUUGAUGGUGUCCAGCUGCGCCAGCCACGCUCCGGCUUGUGGGCUCAGCAGCGCAAGUCCGCCGAAUGCUGGAAGUCGGCGUUAAACCGAAACGAUUUGAUUGGCAUCAUCAGGGAGAGCAUGGAGAAGAAUCGCUUGUGUUUUCAGCUGAAUGGAAAACCCCAAGCCAAUGUGAGUCCCAUACGGCAGGCACAGUCUCAUCAUCAACAACAACAACAACAACAGCAGCAGCAACGCCUACGCUCAAAUACGGUUUCGAAAAUACCUACGCUAAUUGCCCAUCACAGUCCAGCCAUUACACAGCAGCCGCCCAAUCUCAAUGCCAAUCCCAAUCCGGGAUCGGCAUGCAACAGCAACAGCAACAACAACACUACUCCCACGAACAACCACAACAGCAGCAACAGCAACAACAACAACAAUCACAUCGAGCUAAGCAGCACGGCCCACGAUACGGGCAGCAGCAGCCUCAACCAUUCCCAUUCCCACCCUCCCCAACCGCACAUACCCAUCUACCAUCAGCAACUGGCCAUUAAUCCGGCCGUGUUGGCCGCCCAGAAUAGUCACAGUGCACACAGCAAACUGAAUCUCUGUGGCUACGACUCUUUUUUACACGCGACCAUUUGCGGCGGUGGAAGCAGUCAUUCGUCACCGCCAGCUUCUGCGCCACCGCCACAGCCCUCGGCUCCCACCACCACCACCACCACCCAUGGCCAUGUUCAUGGAAGCAAUGUGGCCACUGUGCAGCCGAUAGUCACGACAGCAAUUCCCAAGCAGCAGCACCAACAGCAGAAGAGCAGCCACAAGUUGUUGCGCAGCGGAAGCUGCAACAACGGCAGCUACAGCAACAACAUGGCGGAAUCGCAGGGGCAGGGCUACCAGCGCCUCAGCUGCUCGACCUCUACGCGCCAAAAUGUUGGCUCGCGUUCGAGCAAGGAUUACAAAAACUAUGGCAAUCUCAUCUAUGCUAAGCUCAGUGAGCAGCUGCAGCAAAAGGGGGAGCGUCGCCAACGUCACAAGCAGCAGCAGCAACAACAUAAACAGCAAUCGGCAGGAGGUCCUACGCAGGAGCCAGUGCAGCGCCCAGAAACUUCCAGCAGCGGUGGCUCGCAGAGCUCCAAGACAUUGCAUCCCCUGGUCUUUGGGGACGCCCUCGAAUGUGCCCAUCUGCUGGCGCCAUCGAACAGCGAGGGCGAGGAGUCCACCAGUGGAGACCUCUCUAGCUCCUCCCAACCAGCACUGGCUUCCACACCCAACAAAGUGGUGGUCAGCACCGACACAUUAAUUGACCUGAAUGAUGAUGUGGGCGAGGCUGUGGCAGAGGCGGUCACAGGAAAGCAGGUGGACACCGACGAUGCGGUCGAUGUGGAGCUCGACACCAGCGCCACCAGCUCCAUGAUACAUCGCUAUGUACACGAGCACAUACACCAUCACUAUCAUCACUUCAAGGAGCAGCAUGACGUCUAAGCUAUAAUAUACUUGUAUGCAUUAUGUACUCACAAAUGAGCAAAACCUAUUGCUAGAGCCCAACAACUACAUGAAUGUUGCUUAUGUUCUUUCCCGUAAUUUAGCGCAAAUUGUAAUUUAAUUAGCAUUUAUUACGCAUACUCAACGAUAGAUAUUAUGGCCUGUUUCUAUUUGUUGUUAGCUAGCUUUCUAAACAUUGCGCUUGCCUUAGCAACAUACUAUAGACACAAAUUUUGCUUAUGCUUGUGCUUGCAGCAUGUUGCCGCGCAUAUCAGCGGCGUCGCUGCGGUACAUAUCAACAGGGCAACAUGUAUGGCAGCUUUCAAUUAUGUUGCGAACAAAAAAAGAAUUUGAAAUCGAAAAUGAAAAUGAAAAUAUUGUUGUCUAUUAGAGAUUUGUGUAUAGCAUUUGUCUACAGAAAUAUUGUGUGUUUAUAUGACGAUAUACUAUAUACUGAAAGGCCUCCUUUAAGCUAAAGUUAACUAUAUUUGAUAUUUAUGUUCUUCAAACUGUUAAUUUAAAUGAUAGUUUUAGUUACUUAACGAAACAACAUUAAGACACGCAACAAUGCAACAAAACAAACACAGACUAUAGUUCAAUUACUACCUAUUUGUUUCCCCCAAACUACUAUACACUUCAUAACAACCAACAACAACUCCAUACCAACAAACAAGCACAACAACCACAUGCAUUUAACUCUUAUUUACAUAAAAAAGACUGAUUUCCAAUUAAACAAUAUUAAUUAAUUAAUUAAAUAUAUAGAAAAUUUAUGAAAAAAUAAAUUAUUAAUUCCAAUUGAAA